CCAUCUCAUUAGCUUCUCCUCGGGUAUCAAAUCCUCUGGUCUGUGCCAAGUGUAUGUCACCUGCCCGUGCAGUAGAAAACACUCUCAUUGGCUGGACUGAGGGGCAACAGAGAGGCACAGGUAGUUAAAAGGUAGUGAUCUGGAUGCAGUUUUCUCUUAGAGAAGAGAACGGAGAGGCGACACACAAGUUCAACGACUAGCUACUUGUACAAUGCCCAAUAUUGUCCACCCGGUCAUCCUGCUGAUGGCUUUGCUUGUGGCAACAGCAGGGAAUCAAGCAUCACUACCCAAGACUACACCGUGGCCACGACUGAAACCCACUAAGAAGCCUCCGCCUCGAGAUGAAGGGGGUCCUCCACAGCCGCCCGGCCCCUUAGGGUCCCAUCCGAUAACCACCACUGUGAGCCCCACCGCCAGUGGCAUCACAGAGGAAGUCACAGACUCCAUGAUGGACGCUUACUCUACUUCUCCCACUGAUAGCACCACCUACUCCAGUGAUGCUUAUUCUGCUGACUACCACACGGAGGCCAUGGUUCCUCCUGGGGUGGGCCCUGGGAACUACACGUUGGACUACAAUGAGUGCUUUUUCAACUUCUGUGAAUGUUGUCCACCAGAAAGAGGUCCUCCAGGAACAGUGGGAGAAAAGGGAUUGCCGGGUAUUCCAGGGGAAAAGGGGGAGAUGGGACCUCCUGGACUUCCAGGUCAGGAUGGACUCACUGGUGCUCCAGGGCCUCAUGGAGGAGAAGGAGAGAAAGGUGAUCCUGGAGUGAGUGGGCUACCCGGGAUUCCCGGUGUUACCGGGAAACAAGGAGAGAAAGGUGAAAUGGGCCUCAAAGGAGACAAAGGAGAUACAGGUUUAACCGGGCUGAAAGGAGACCCAGGGGACAGGGGAGAGCCCGGCUGGAAUGGAACAAAGGGAGAGGCGGGCGAGCCUGGCAUACAAGGACCAGCUGGCCCCCCCGGACCAGAUGGCAUCAAGGGGGAGAAGGGUGACAAAGGAGACUGUCCAUUUGGAGAGAAAGGACAGAAAGGCAGUAUGGGGGAGCCAGGGCCUCAAAGGCCAAAAGGAGACAUGGGUGUGCCAGGUCUGAAUGGCACAGAUGGGCUUCCUGGGGCUAAGGGUCCGAAGGGAGACCCAGGACCCCCAGGUAAGCAGGGAGAGCCUGGUCCUCCAGGACCCCAUGGACCACCAGGGCAGAGGGGGAUGCCAGGGAUGAAAGGCACACGAGGCCUGAAGGGAGCACGAGGUGUUAGGGGAUUCAAGGGCCUUAAAGGUGAACCUGCCGUUCAGAAGCGCUCAGCCUUCAGCGUUGGUCUCUUUCCCAGCCGAUCGUUCCCACCACCUGGCCUGCCGAUCAAGUUUGACAAAGUCAUUUACAAUGAGGAGGGUCACUGGGACCCCCACGCUAGUAAGUUCAACUGCACUCAUGGGGGAGUUUACGUCUUUUCCUACUACAUAACCGUGCGUAAUCGCCCCCUACGUGCAGCCCUGGUGGUGAAUGGCAUUCGGAAACUGCGAACUCGAGACUCCCUUUACGGCCAGGACAUUGACCAGGCCUCCAACAUGGCAGUGCUCCGUUUAUCAUCUGGAGACCAGGUAUGGCUGGAGACUCUGCGGGACUGGAACGGUGUAUAUUCCAGCAGCGAGGACGACAGCACUUUCUCUGGAUUCCUGCUCUAUGCUGAUGCCACCGAAGACUGAUGGCCAGGAAUCGCACUGACCUCUGGAAGAACCAUUUUAGACCAGUACUUCAUUUUGUAGGGGUGAAGCGAAAGCCGCCUAUAUUACCCAAAGUACUUGAGACCUGAAUUUAGAUCCAUCUACUAACAGUAACUGUACAGCCACUAAUUAUUAUGCUACCUGUUUCAAUCAAUGCUGGAUUGUGCUUUAAUUUUUUUCAUAAGCUGAUGAUUUGUGGCAGCUAUGUUGUAGCUCUUUACAUAUUUAUACAAAAUAGCCAGAAGCUUGUACAAUUAAAAUAACAAUGCUUUAUUUCUGUCUUGCUUUCUUA